GCGAGAUUUGACAGCACUGCGCGUGAACGGAAAAGACCAGGAAACGGCAAGAUGGCGUUCGACGGAGAAGACUUAUUGUGGUUGUGAUAGUACUUUGUUCUUAAUCCGUACGUACAUGUACACAUAUAUGCUGUUUAGUAGUGUAAACUUCGUUAAUAUUUUUUUGUGUCGGAUAAAUUAGUCUGAGCGCACUUUGCAGCUCCUCGUGUUAGCUUAGCUUAGCGUGCUAGUUAGCUUAGCGUGUUAGCUGCUAACAAAGAGAGGCGGAAGUGAUCAAAACACAUCGCUAAGCAGAGAUCAAGUGUGAGUGUAAAGUGUUGUGAUUGUGUGAAAAUGUGCGAAAGAACGAUAGCAGAGUACGAGGAGGAACUACUGGACGCUGUUUUCGAAGAAUAUGAAGUUUUGUCACAAAGAACAGACCAGCAGCCCCCCCACAUUAAAGAGGAAGAGGAGGAAGUGUUGAUCACUCAAGCAGGAGAGUGUCUUCUAGGGCAGGAGGAGGCUGAUCUCACCAAGUUUCCACUGACUGUUGUCUCUGUGAAGACUGAAGAGCAUGAAGACAAACCACCUGAGUCCUCACAGCUUCAUCACAGUCCAAAUGUCUGUGAAGAACAUAUUCUCCCUGAGCAGCAGGAGUGGACCUCCAGGACAGAGCAGGAGGAGCCACAGCGCCCCUAUAUUAAAGAGGAGGAAGACCCAAAGCCGCCCCACAUCAAAGAUGAAGAGGAAGAGUCACAACCCCACCACCAUAACAAGGAAAAAGAGGAACACAGCGACGAUCUUAAAGGACUGGAGGAGGUUGAUGUCACCAAGAUGCCAGUGACUGGUGUCCCUGUGAAGAGUGAAGGUGAUGAGGUCAAAGGUGAGAGUGAGGAGAAGAGAGAGGCGGAGCCUCCAAGCAGCAGCUCAACUCAACACAUGACAACAGACGCUGAUGGAGACCACUGUGGAGGAUCACAAGCAGACAAGCUCUUAGCUCCACUAUCAGAUAGUGAGGACACAACGUCACACUCUCCUGACACUGAUGAUGAAGACUCUAAAGAUGAUAAGACAUGUCACACUGACAACACACACUUCACAUGCUCUCUCUGUGACAAAACUUUUAGUAAUUGCUAUCGGGAAAUACACAUGAGAAAGCACACAGGGGAGAGACCUUUUUCCUGUUCAAAAUGUGGUAAAAGCUUUCAACGAAACGACGUGUUGAAAGACCACAUGAGAACACACACCGGAGAUAAACCUUUUUCCUGCUCAGAAUGUGGUAAAAGUUUUGUAAAAAGUAGCCAUUUGAAAGUGCACAUGAGAAUACACACUGGAGAAAAACUUACAAAAGAUAAGACACGUCACACUGACAACACACGCUUUAAAUGUUCUUACUGUGACAAAACCUUUAGAUACCGUUGUGCUCUAAUAACACACGUGCGAAAACACACUGGAGAAAAACCUUUUUCCUGCUCAAAAUGUGGUAAACGUUUUGCACAACGUAGCUCUUUGAAAGUGCACAUGAGAAUACACACUGGAGAAAAACUUAAAAAAGAUAAGACAUGUCACACUGACAACACACGCUUUAAAUGUUCUCAUUGUGACCAAACCUUUAGAUACCGUUAUGCUCUAAUAACACAUGUGCGAAAACACACUGGAGAAAAACCUUUUUCCUGCUCAGAAUGUGGUAAAGGUUUUGCACAACGUAGCUAUUUGAAAGGACACAUGAGAAUACACACUGGAGAAAAACCCAAUACCUGUUCAAUCUGUGGUAAAACCUUUACAGAAAAAAGCCAUUUAAAAGCACACAUGACAAUACACACUGGAGAAAAACCUUUUUCCUGUUCAGUAUGUGGUAGACAUUUCGCCCGGAAACGAUAUUUGGGUGAACACAUGCAACUACACACUGGAGAGAGAACAGUUUCCUGCUCAGAAUGUGGUACAGUUUUUGCAGAUAAAUAUAAAUUAUUAGUACACAUGAGAAGACACACUGGAGAGAAAGUGUUUAGUUGCAGUGUGUGUAAUGAAAGAUUCUCUUAUGAGAAGCAGUGUAAGAAACACAAGUGUGCUGGUGAGAACAGCAGCAGCAAAUGAAGUUGCAGGAUUUGAAAUAUACUGUCAAAACUUUGAACUUUGACUUUCUAACAACAUCAGCACAUGUAACAUAUAAUGACUGUCUCAGAAUCCUGCUCGGAAAGCCCAUUUAAACUGAUGUUUAAAUGUAUAUGUAGACUGCAGGGGUCCAAGAAUGAUCUUAUUAUACAGAUAACCAAUCCUAGGUGAAAUUCUGUUAGGUACCAAUCCUGUAUAUGGAAACACUGGUAUCUGUGCCUUUUAUAGAAUGUGUAGACGCAUUUUUAAAGUGUAACUGU